GGUUCAAGGCGAGUGCGAAUUCCAGUUGCCAGGGACUGGGGCUCCGGUGCAGUGUCAGCUGAGCUGUAGUUGGAGGAGGCCAACAACUUAUAUAAAUUAUGCUCAGUGGCAGGAAAUUGUAAAGUGCCGCUAGAUUGAUGAUAGUGACGGCAGGAGUGCCUUUGCUAGAGCAGUGAUAGGCAAAGCAAACUGAGGCUUGAUAAGGCAUUUGAAAAGCCACCGAUGGGCAGAGGCUAGCAGUGGCUCUCUACCCGUUUGCAGAUUGCUUUCCUCUUGACCUUGCUCAAUCUGGCAUUUCCAUGGCAAUGGUGAUGACAACACCCAGUUUCUUCAUUUCUGAUGACUACGCAGGGGUCCCUCUUGGUUUGACUGUGGAACUUGGAGGGUGACAAAGAGUCUCACGCUACUGGCUUGCAGGAGGAGUGCUCGUCUGGACCUGAGGCCGUCUUACCCCUUGAUGUCCUCCUCCUACCUCGAGGCAGCCCAAGUGCAGACUUGCUUGGGAAUAUUCAUCUUCUAGACACUGAUGCUCUGGAUACAUGCUUCCAAACCAGACUGUGAUAUGCUGGUAGAAACAGAUGAUGUUGGAAUGCAGCUGUUGCCUGGUUAUGGUGGAGUCCUUGUCCAAGCGGUUUGAGAUCUGCUAUUAGCUAUGCUGCAGGAAACCUGGCUGCAGCAGAAGUCCAAGAUGAGGUGGGGAAGAGCAUGUCCAUAUUCAAGGGACAUAGCUACAACACAACCAAGGCACCAAAUGUAGUAUUUUGCGUAAUGCAGCUGACGGCCGCAACUGGCACUUACAAAGAAUGAAGCAAAAAUACUCAGGAUAAAUACUGUCAAUGCCGCUCUUAGUAUUUGAAGCAAGUCGGCCCAGAACCAUUCCCACAAUCCACACUGGCUGUAUUUGGAUGCAGAGCUGGUGACCACCAUGUCUCAGUGCAACCUCGCCAGAACUGGUACUGUCCGGAUGAGCUGGACUACGACUCCCACUGGCCAUGCAGGCUAAGAAAGCAGAAAGCAACACGCUGCAGACUAAAACAAGACCAUGACUACUCUGACGCCCAUUCAGACCACAAAUAACUCAGCCCUUCCUUUGCAUUCUUCAGAAUGCAGUGUGGAUUCUGAGUUCCGGUAUAACCUGUUCACUGUCUACUACAGCAUCAUCUUCAUUUUGGGCUUUAUAGCGAACACCUACGUACUAUGGCUUUUUACUCGAGUUUAUGCAACAAAGAAAUUGAACGAGAUAAAAAUAUUCAUGGUCAACUUGACAACAGCUGACCUGCUCUUCCUGGUCACCUUGCCAAUGUGGAUUGUAUAUUACCAUAACAAAGGGAACUGGAUCAUGCCUAAUUUUUUGUGCAACAUUGCUGGCUACCUCUUCUUUGUGAACACUUACUGCUCGGUCGCCUUCCUGGGUGUCAUAACGUACAAUCGGUACCAAGCUGUCACAAAGCCCAUUUCCACUGCCCAGUCCAGCACCCGAAGAAGAGGCAUCUACAUAACUGUAGCUAUCUGGGUCCUUAUAUGUGUCCCUUCCACAUACUUCCUCUUUGAUGAGGGGAUCACCCAAGAGGAGCACGUUAAACGCUGUUUUGAGCGUUAUGACACCAAAGGCAAUACUACCCCUGUCCUUGCUGUCCACGUGAUCAUUUGCCUUUGUUUCUUUAUUACCUUUCUAAUUGUCCUCGUAUGCAAUGUGCACAUUAUCCGGACCUUGCUUUCCCAACCCUUGAAAACGCAGAAGAGCGCCCGUGUCAGGCAACGGGCAUUCUGGCUGGUGUGCACCGUCUUCACCGUCUUCAUCCUAUGCUUUGUCCCUCAUCACCUCGUGGAUCUACCCUGGACCCUGAUGGUGCUGGAGAAAUGGAAAAUGGGGUGCUCGGCACAAAAGAUCCUGAAUGAUACCCACCAAAUAACCCUCUUCCUCCUGGGUGCCAACUGUGUUCUGGAUCCUAUCAUUUACUGCUUCCUCACCAAAAAGUUCAGGAAACACCUUUCUGAAAACCUGAAAAACAUCAAAGACAGCCGCAAGUGUUCAAAGCAAACAACGGAGACCGCAGUGGAGGGGGUGAUACCUUUGGAAGAAUAUCUCCACACCUCCUUCAAAUCGUAAAAGAAGCUGCUACAGGCACGAUGCAGCAGGUCUCCUGCGAUGCUUGUUCAGCACUCCCAUUUAGACUGGUGGGCUGGCCCAUGAGAGCUCUCUGAAUUUCUGGCAGAUGAAUGUAGGUUUUGAGUUCUUCUAUAGCGGCCAAUGCAGUAACUGGAAUGCAUGCAGAGCCAUCUAGAUAUCUUAGCUCAAGAAGAACAUGGAAUACCUUACCUUUUGUUAUUGCUGUAAAAGGAAACUGCUUAGAAUCUCUUAGGACAUCUUUUUUUAAAAGAUGGGCAUUAUGUUUGUUCUCUGGUUCAGAGACAAAUUGUACUUAGUUCUUACACUUACAACUUGAAGCUGGGUAUAGUACUUGGUUUUACACUUUCAGUCUGAAGUGGGGGCCAUGUGGGUUGUGGAGUAAUACAUCUAUAUGGAAUCAGGUUAAAGAAGCCUGGACCAGACCACGAAAGACCUUUGAAUCAAACAGAGCAUCUGCUCAAAAGUCCAACAAAUAAAUUAAAGUAUAACCCCAGUUAUGCAUUUCUGAGGCAUUACUUUAAAAACAAAAUUGGGGAAGGAAUGACAGUACUUUCAAAGUGCUAUUCUGGCUUUGGCGGGGGUGGCAGUCCCUGGUGAGAGUUGAAAAGUGAGUGGUAAAGGCAUUUUUGGCCACUCUUGCUGAGUGGCCCUGUAGCCAAUUGCUGCAAUCCAAGUUAGGGUCUCCCACCUCCAGACUACAAGACAUCCCAUUGUGGGCAAGGACAACUGUAGAAAAACCAUGUUCAUAACUGUACAAAUAAGCCCCACUGUGGAAAAUGCACCAGGUUCAGAGAACAAAGCAACCACUCACGGUCUUGUCGUGUGAACAAGGUGCUCAUUUCUAUGCUCCAACAUGCCUAAAUUGUGUCUUGUCUCUCAUUUCUUCUGCCUAUUGUUUUGCGAAAGCAUCGCUCUAAAACAAAACUUUAAAAUACAACUUUAAAACUCUGAAACAGAACUCUAUGGACACUGCUUGAGUGUCCAUAACAGUGAGGGCUUUGCUGUAUUCAUCUUGCACUGUGUUCUCCUUCCACCCCGCAGCUGGAUUUAGAACCAGAUGUGUGAUUAUUCUAGAUGUUAAAGAUUUUAUAGAAAAGCAUAAUUAUCCUCCCGGGGGCCAUCCACCGUCCCUAAUACAGCUCUGGGCUGCACUGAAUGGAACUGCACGCUGUGCGUUGCGUUAUGGUAGCUCAUUGUGUAUCCAAACAGACUUGCCUACAUGUGCCCCAGUGGCAACAUCCUCUGCUCCAGGAACAGAACUGCUGGAGAUGGAUAGCCAAGCACUUCAACUAAUUGGGAAGUUACAUCAAGACACAAAAAUACCAUGCACUGUUUAAGUACACAGUGCUUGGAAUGCUUUCACUAGAUAUUCAGAACCAUCAGCAGGGAAAGGACAGAGCAAGUACAACCAAGAGCCUGAAGGUGGCAGAAAAGCAACUUUUCAGGAAGUUGUGGGAGCCUAAAAAGCAAUAGCAACAGAAGUUUCACACAGUCUAAGGGUGGAGUUCCUUCUCAGGAAAGCCCAUGAUAUAGCAAACCAGAUGAUGCAAGAUCUGGUCUUCUCAGACAAUCACGUCUGAGAAAAUUGCACUUGUUUCUUGAGCACCCAAAACCUGCAUCCACUGCAAGAGGCCACUGAUUUCAGUGGUUCACUUGGUAAAAACCAUCUCCAACCCAAAACCCUAGAGAAAUGGAACAUACAGACAAGGCUAUUGCAUCACAGGUGGUAAAAGAAUCAGGUUGUUGCUCUUAAAUAACUUCUGCUUGUUUCAAUUCUCUGUUGGAGUGUGCACAUAUACAUGUACAAAAUCCUCUCUCCAUAUUAUUACAGAAUAAAGCUCAUCAUCUCGAUACUUAUAAAGAUCAAAUCAAGAGCCCCUUUCUAAUUAAGUUCCUCUGGAUUUAGCUGUGUUACAUCGGCAGCUUCACCGCCUUAAAAUAAGGCUGCAGUCCUGGGAAUAUUUAAGUAAAUUACAUUCAAGUUAGUGGGACAUGUUUUCAUAGUAACAUAAAAUUCAAUGCAAUUUUGCUUGCCAGGGUACAGGUCCCAUCGAAUUGAACAGUACUUACAUCUGAGGGAAUGUGUUCAAUCAGGCUGCCUACGGUCUUCUCAUUUAAUUCUACCUGGAUUUGCAUUUCAAGGCUGAAAGUGGUCAGCAGUUCCCCUAGAUCUCACAACAUUAGAACUCUGGACCAUCCAAUGAAAUUGCCUGGCUGUGGAUUGAGAAUAAAGAAAAGAAAGUAGUCCCACAUUUCAUUUUACUUAUUUUCCAGGUUUAUAUGCCACUCCAUAUUCUGGCAUGGAAAUUUCAGAGCACUGAACCAAAGAGAAAAAAAAAAAACAGGCAAAAGAAGAAAAUAGUAUGUUAAAAACUGAAACAAUUGUACAGUGUGUAUGAUUGAUGGAAUUUGCUGCUGUGAGAAGUGGCAGAGAUGACUGGAUUAGAUGGCUGUAAAAGUGGAUUGGUCAAAUUAAGAAAGGAGAAUGGGUGUACAUCUGUGCCCACUCAACACGAUUGGUAAAUAGAAUGUCCAUGUUCAGAAGCCACAGGUUAUUAAGCUGCUUGUGAGAAACAGUGAGUUGCUACCUUCAGAUGCUGAAGAAGGUCUGUGAUUAGCCUCACUAGAUGAGAUGGAGCUUUGCUCUGAAACAGUUCUGAGAUUAAUAAAAGUUCUCUUGUGGGUUUUAUGUGGAUAAAAGUGGAAUCAGCUUUUUAAAAAAUAUUAGCUUUUCUGUUUUUUCUCAGGCAGCUUGGCAAUUUGAUAAUUCUCUCUAGAAUUAUUCAUCUUAAAUUUCCUAUUACAUUUAUAGUAUUAUGUGACAAGUAUAAGAAAAGUCCAGACUGCUUCCUCAUUAUGCCUGCAUAAUGCAGGAUAGCUUAUGGUUAAAACCAUCCAGUGCUGAAACGGCAGAUUUUUUUUAAUGUGUAAAGCUAACUGGUUAAAUACUAAAACCAGAGAGUGAAGUGAAACAAGCCCAAAGGGCAUAGCUUGCCAGUAUUGCUUUUGUUCCGCAAUUCUUAAAUGUUGUUAUGAUGUGCUAAGUUGUCAAAAGCAAGAUAACCUGGAAAUUAAGCUUCUGAAAAUUUUAUAAAAAUAAAUAAAGUUCACAAAAAUGUU